AUGGGGAGGAAAAGGUUCCAUCCUGUUCCCGUCGUCGCCACCGAUACGGUUAUUCCCUUGCACUCGCUAGAUGGCAACCACAUCAAUGCCUCGAUCCUGCUAUACUGUCUCCUCCGCUUCGACGACGUUCUCGAUGCCGAAAAGCUCCGCGCUGCCCUUCAAAAGUUACUCGACCGUGACGGGUGGAGGAAACUCGGUGCCAGGUUACGCAUCAACGAUACCGGAAAAUACGAAUAUCACAUCCCUCAAGCCUUCAACGACUCCCGCCCGGCCUUCACCUACUCCCAUGUGAACCACGGUGUGCCCAUCGCCGAGCAUCCGGCCGGUUCCCAGGUGCCAUCGGGCCAGCCAGUAGGCGACAGCCCCAGCAUCCUGCCCGCGCCGCCCGAAAUCGCCAAACUCGCCAGCCCCGCCGACGGCCCCAGGACCUUGGCCGACUACGUCGAACACGACCGGCCCCAGAUCGGCCUGCACGUGGUCUCCUUCGCCGAUGCGACGCUCGUCUCCAUCAGCGGGCUCCACACGCUGUGGGACGCCAUGGGGCGGAAGGAAUUCCUGCUAGCGUGGAUCGCCGUGCUGGAAGGCCGCGAGGACGAAGUCAAGCCCUUUUCGGGAUUCGACGAGGAUCCGCUCCGCGAGCUGGGCUCGCAGCCUUCGGAGCCGUUCGACUUGGUGGAUCGCCGCUUGUCGAUGCUGCAGCUGCUCGUGUACGGCCUACGUCACAAAUUUGAGCAGGUCGCUCACGACGAAGAUGCCGGCGUUAUUUGUAUCCCGGCAAAGUUCCUAGCGUCUCUCCGGGACGAAGCUAUGGCAGAGCUCGAUGGUUUCAGCGCCCGCGCCGUGGUUAAGCAUACACCCAUUAGGUCGGCCCGCACCGUCACCCUCUUCAACGCCCUCAGUCUACGCGGGAUCCUCGCCGACGAGCUUCUACCUUCCACAGAUGCCUACGUCGCAAACGCCAUCUCCGGCAUAAACACCAUCCUGCCCGCCCGCGACAUUGCAGAGCGACCCCUCGGCUACACGGCGGCGAAGAUCCGGCAAACGCUGGGGACGCAAACCACCCGCGACCAGCAAGAGGCGUGCGUCGCCCUCAUGAAGGAGACUUUUGCCCGGACGGGAUACCCGGCGCUUUUUGGCGACGCUACAAUGCAAAUGGUGCUCAUGACCAACUGGUCCAAGGCUAAAUUCUUCGACUUGGACUUCUCGUCCGCCGUCGUGGGUAGAGGCGAUGCGGUAGAGAUCGGCGGCGACGAUGUCGCGCGGAAGCCGGGUAGGCCGACGUAUGUUCAGCCGGUUUCGUUCUCCGACUUCUCGACGAGAUAUGCCUUCAACGUGGCAGGGAAGGAUGCGAACGGGAACUACUGGCUGUAUGGCGUAUUAAGAAAGAAGACGUGGGCGCGCAUGGCGGAGGCUCUAAAGCGAGGCGAGUAUUGCUGA